AUGUCCUCAUUAGACAAUAUCCUUUAUUUCCAAGCUGGGCUUAAAGUCUUAGCCAAUAUGUUUCCUUUUUAUCUAUACCUGCACAUCCUAGAUCACAGAUAUAAGCCCAUGGACCUGAUCUCCUGUCAACUGUCCUUCAUUCACAUAGUGAUGCUCCUCACUGAAGGAGACUUUUGUCUUACAGAUAUAUUUGAGUCACUGGAUGUUGAGAAUGACUUCAAAUGUAAGACAACUUUUUACAUACACAGGGUGAUGAGAGGCCUCUCCAUCUGCAUCAUCUGCCUCCUGAGUGUGUCCCAGGCUGUCACAAUCAGUCCCAGUACUUAUCUGUUAACAAAAUUUAAGCAUAAAUUAAAAAAAUACACAAUUAUUGCUUCCUUAUAUAUCUGGUCUUUCAAUUUGUCCCUCAGUAGUAGAAUGUUCUUCAAUGUUGGUGGUUUUACCAAUGUGAGUGCGACCAGUCAGAUGAAGGUCACUAAAUUCUGCUCCCUCUUCCCCAUGAACUACAACAUCAGGGGACUGAUUUUAGCAGUGACAACCUCCAGAGGUAUGUUUCUUGUAGGAGUCAUGCUGACCACAAACACAUACAUAGUGAUUCUCUUGUUCAUCCAUCAGAGGCAAUGCAAGCAUCUUCAUAGCAUCAGCCACCUGAGACAUUACCCUGAGAAAAGAGCCACACAGACCAUCUUGCUUCUGGUGGUUUUCUUUGUGGCCAUUUACAGGGUAGAAUUCACCAUCUCAUCCACCCCAGUCCUGUUAUGGAUAUAUGAACCAGUCUUCCUGACUGUUCAGAAGUUUGUGAUAAAUGUUUAUCCCAUAAUUACUCCUUUCGUACAAAUCAGUUCUGAUAAUAGAAUAAUCAUUGUGCCGAAAAUCCUGUCGUCAAAGCAGGACCAUAUUUUUUUUUAA